CAAACUUUAAUUAGUCGCAAAAAAUACGAAAUAUUAGUUUGUAAAUAACUAAAAUUAAAUACUAAAGGUAAUUAAGUUGUUAAAAUAUUAUCAAAAAACAUAAGUCAUUUGACAGUAACAAAAAUGGCGGAAUCGUCCCCGCGUGUUUCCUUCCCGCGCACGUCGUGCUAGGUGGAAGUUGGUCAUGGUCGUCCGCCAAACGGAAAGCCGCCAUGAUGGCUUUCUGUAAAGUACGCUCAAUAUGUAAAGUUUCGUUAUUGUUUUUCAUUAAUUGUGACUGAGUGCGUGCAAAAAUUAACCAUGGGAACGAACUAGAGUGUGCAAAGUGUAGUUUACGGUCCUUUGGGACCUCCUGGAGGAGCUAUAAAGUGUUUUAUUAGUGCAUUUUAGUGUCGACGCUAGCGUGUUUUGUUCUGUCAACAAAAUGUCGAAGCUCUCGUUUAGGGCGAGGGCCCUGGAUGCGUCGAAACCAAUGCCCAUAUAUCUCGCCGAGGAGCUUCCGGAUUUGCCGGACUACUCGGCGAUUAAUCGUGCAGUACCUCAGAUGCCCUCUGGAAUGGAAAAAGAGGAGGAAAGUGAGCACCACCUCCAGAGGGCGAUAUCAGGCACGGGGCUCAUAAUACCAACACCAGAGGUGUGCGAGGUCACCGACCUCGGGUUCUACGAGCGAUGCUACCCGCCGGACUACAAGAUGCCCAAACAGCACAUACACAUGCAGCCUCUAUGGGAAGAACAAGAGGCGCCGGAGUACGACAUCGACUCGGAGGACGAGAGGUGGCUCAAACAACAAAGGCACGCGGAACUGACAGAAUGGAAAUUCGAACAGAUGAUGGACAAGCUGGAGAAGAGCUCCGGUCAGACCGUGGUGACACUAAACGAGGCCAAACUGCUUCUGGAGAGGCACGACGACCUCGUCACCGCGGUCUACGACUACUGGCUCAACAAACGGCUGAACACACAACACCCCCUCAUUCUGUCGGUGAAGACGGAGAACCGGCCGGGCCAGUCCUCGCACAAUCCGUACCUCGCGUUCAGGCGGCGGACGGAGAAGAUGCAGACCAGGAAGAACAGGAAAAACGACGAGAGUUCGUACGAGAAGAUGCUGAAACUCCGUCGGGACUUGGCGCGGGCGCUAACACUCCUGGAACUGGUCGCGAGGCGGGAGACCGCCAAGCGAGAGCUGGUCAAGCUCACGGCAUCCUUGGCGGAGCGACGGUAUGCGGCGGGUGACUUCGCGAACCAACUGCUGCCUGACCCACCGCCUAGGCCGGCGUAUCCCACCGUUCCGCUGACGACGUCAUCGUUUCGUGCGUACAGCGCCCCCCAUUACCCCCCACGGGCGCCGCCCACCCCCCAAGAUCUGCCGAGACAGCGCGAGAAGCGAUCGUACAAGAAACGGAAACCACGACACCCCGCCGUCGGCACCGUGCCGGGGCUGCGAGAAGGAGCGAUGUGCUCGUCAUCAGAAGAGGAAAGCACGAGGCCGGAGGUGCCGCCAGUGGACGACGGUCCUUUUGCGUUCAGGCGGAAACCCGGCUGUUACUACGAGAUGCCGACGUCGACGUUGUGCGGGGACCCUCUCGAUCCGGAUAGACCGUCUCACGACGUUCUAUACGACCACGAACUCGACGAACGGUAUAGGUUCAACCUCACAUCCCUCAACUACCCGUAUCCACACUGCAUCGGUUUCGCGCGGCGGCGCGUCGGGCGCGGUGGUCGCGUGUUAUUGGACAGAGUGCGGACGCCGCUCGACGACCUCUGGCCGCGGCUGCCAUUCCAGUUCCAAGGGUCCACGGAGUACCGCCGGGAGCGGGACGAGGAGGUGGAGCUCGAGACGAAAGCGCAUCGGACGCCCAAAGAGAUGACCCGCGACUACCAUUCCGGCGGCAAGCAUCCCUGGAGGCACGCUUUCAGACAACACCUGGCCAAACACCCGCACCUUUGGACCGAGCCCAAGUCAGAACCCAAACCAGAACUCGAACUCAAGAUCGAGUUCGACCCAGACGUAACCGAGUUCAAAACAAACGAGUACGAAGCUAGUGAAAACAAAAUCAGUGAUACGGACGCGAGUGAAAACAAGAUCAGUGAUACGGACGCGAGUGAAAACAAAAUAAGUGAUGCGUGCGAUAAUAGAGUCAGUGUUAGGGACAGUGUGACGUAUAAAGGUGUAGGAGGCAGUGACGCGGCCCGGACUAUAGAGUGCAAUGUUAAGGACAGCCUUGAUAGGGCUAGAAGGAAGCGGUCGUGGAGCGGUUGUAGCGAUUCGAGUUAUGAUUCCGAUGAGAGUCUACAGCCUGUUGAGAGAGAGUUUGAAAAGUUCAUCACCGAGGUCAAUAAGAAAUGGUUACACUUCCGACCUAAAACGCCGCCUCCCUCACCACCCUCCCCCACCCCAGUCUCCGACGACGUCCUUCCCAUAGCGUUGGACACGCCCCUAGCGGUCGAACUCCGCUCUCACCCCUCCGACAACUUACAACCCUUCACAACCACCGAGUUCACCCUCACCGACCUAUACGGAGAUAUCAACCCCGAAGAAAAAGACCACAGCGGUAGCAAUCUCGAUAUCAGCGGAGAGGAUUUGCUCGGUGAAAACUUCACCGGAUUGACCGAAGCUCAAGUGGAAAGCAUUCUGUCCGAGACGGAUCUUAAAGCGUUGGCCGAUGUGGAUUUGACUAAGGACGAUAAGAAACUGCCCGAUGAGUUGUUGGAGUUGGUGAACGAUGAGAGAGAUCCUUUUUUAUUACAAGGCCAGGGCGCGGAUGGGCGUGCCGGCUCUGGCUCAAGGAAGCGGAAGGCGGACGCGUUCGGAUCCACCGCUGUACAGGUGUCGCCGCUGGCUAAGGAGACAAUGUACGUGGAGGCGCAGCGCUCGCCGCCCGCCACGCCCGCGCCCGCGCCGCCCCCCGCCAAGCCCGCCGUGGAACCGCCCAGCCGUACAGAGACUAUCGAGGAGGUGCAGCUGCCUAGGGGCGUGCAGUUGCAGAGGAGAUGCAGCAGCCUAGGGGCGUCCAGUUGCAGGUAUGUACUAGAUGGCUAUGUCACUUACAGAUGGUUGCUAAAUGGUUUCUCCCCCGCCGAACCGGCGCGGGAGAAACGCGACGAGACUAUAGCAAGCUCGCCGCCCGCCACGCCCGCGCCCGCGCCCGCGCCGCCCCCCGCCAAGCCCGCGCUCGAGCCGCCCAGCCGUACAGAGACUAUCGAGGAGGUGCAGCUGCCUAGGGGAGUCCAGUUGCAGAGAACACACUUUAGUUGCAAUAUAGCACCUAUAGCAAGCUCGCCGCCCGCCACGCCCGCGCCCGCGCCCGCGCCGCCCCCCGCCAAGCCCGUCGUGGAACCGCCCAGCCGUACAGAGACUAUCGAGGAGGUGCAGCUGCCUAGGGGCGUGCAGUUGCAGACGGUACAAACGGCGCAUUCUCCAUUGAAGAAACACAUAAUAACAUCCGCGGCGCACAGACGGGCUAGCGACUCGGCGCAAGAAUCGCAGCCGCCGCAACUACUGGCCGUCGCAGUGUCGGAGAGCCUUAAGGUGCGGCUGCAAAACCAUCUGCUGUCGAGUCAAGCGGGAGUGUUGGUGCAGAACGGACCCUUCCCACCCGUGGUCGCGGUGCCCGUGCAACAGGCGAGAGAAACCACGGUAGCAGGAGUAUCAGUAGGCGCCAGCACAUCGUCCCCUCGCCGCGUAUCCGCCCCACUAGUCCACUUAGCCCCCGCCUCCCUCGCCCACAAACCCCUCCAAAUCCACCAGCCACCCCACUCUACCCCACUGGUGGUGGCCCAAUCCCACACCAUACAUCACGUGGCGCCGAACAAAUUGAAAGUGCUUCACGCUCAUCCGCUCACUCAGACGCAAAGGACGCAGUUACUGGCCCAGAAUAGGAGCAUAGCGCAGUUACCAGCUGUGGUCUCGCUGUCGCCGCUUGGGGAAGCUAAAACUACUAAUACAGUGGUGACGCAAUCCCACACCAUACACCACGUGGCGCCGAACAAAUUGAAAGUGCUCCACGCUCACCCGCUCACUCAGACGCAAAGGACGCAGUUACUGGCCCAGAAUAGGAGCAUAGCGCAGUUACCAGCUGUGGUCUCGCUGUCGCCGCUUGGGGAAGCUAAAACUACUAAUACUGCUCUCCUAAAAGCGGCCCCCGGUUCCGUAGCUCAAUUCUUCGAGAUCAAGAGCGGUCAGCUCGGCAAGGGCCCGCACCUCGUCAACGUGGUGCGACAACCGCAGCCCGCCAAGUGUGCGCGCGCCGACGCGCCGCCAGCGCCUACGGCGAAACGACAGCUGGUGUCGUUAGACGGAGCCGCUUUGAAGGGACCGCAGCGAGUUAGUUUGAGCCUCGAUGGACGGCCGCUGCUGCGAGCAGCGCUGCCUGCUGUCAGAGCGCAGCCUCUAAGGCACCAGGUGAGUCCACACACAAACACACUCGCAUGUAUUAGACGUCAGUUGGCCAAAUGUGCGCGCGCCGACGCGCCGCCAGCGCCUACGGCGAAACGACAGCUGGUGUCGCUGGACGGAGCCGCUUUGAAGGGACCGCAGCGAGUUAGCCUGAGCCUCGAUGGACGCCCGUUACUGAGAGCCGCGCUGCCGGCUGUGAGAGCGCAGCCUUUAAGGCACCAGGUGAGUCCACACACACUAGCAUACACAUACACCCCCAUGACAGCAUGUCACGCGCCUACGGCGAAACGACAACUGGUGUCGCUGGACGGAGCCGCUUUGAAGGGACCGCAGCAAGUUAGUUUGAGCCUCGACGGACGCCCGUUACUGAGAGCCGCGCUGCCGGCUGUCAGAGCGCAGCCUUUGAGGCACCAGACGGCGCCGCUGUUAAGAGACACCCUGUGUACGUCUCAUUACGCGCCUACGGCGAAACGACAACUGGUGUCGCUGGACGGAGCCGCGCUGAAGGGCCCGCAGCGAGUUAGUUUGAGCCUCGAUGGACGGCCGCUGCUGCGAGCCGCGCUGCCUGCUGUCAGAGCGCAGCCUUUAAGGCACCAAGGACCGCAGCGAGUUAGUUUGAGCCUCGAUGGACGGCCGCUGCUGCGAGCCGCGCUGCCUGCUGUCAGAGCGCAGCCUUUAAGGCACCAGAUCCAACUCAAGAACCGCACGACCACGCUGCAAGUGGCAACGCCGAUCGCCCGGAGUUCCGCGGAGCCGUCGUCGUCGAUCGCCGCCAUUCCGACGCCGUCCAAAACGGCUUCUAUACCCAGCGCGGUGGUGGCUAGCUUGCUGCAGCAGACCAAGGGCGUGCAGUUGGGAAAGGGCGGCCAAAAGAUAGCCAUCUCGGGCCCCGGCGGGCAGGCGCUGGCCGCCAACGUGCAGGCCAUCGCCUUCACCGCGGCGCAGCUGCGCGCGCGCCAGGCCCGCCUGCAGCCGCCCGCCAAGCCCAAACCGUGA